AUGAUGUCACUGGGCUGUAAGUCACCGCUGCUCACUGCUGCAGUGUGCCACCGCAGACAGGUGCUCAUGGUGCUGAAGGAUAACUCCGAAUUAAACCUGUCCUUCACUUUUAAAGUUGAUGGAUUCAGUUAUGUGAUUUUUGCUUCAUCUGAGAACAUGAAAUGUUUUGGCUGCGGCGCAGAGGGUCACCUGAUCAGAGCGUGCCCAGAACGAAUGGAUCAGAAUGUGCCGCGUAAUGACGCACAGACACCGAGCACCUCUGCAGCCUCCGCUGAGACCAGCGCGGAGGCAGCGGAGCCAUCGGGGGACGCGCCCCCGGCCCCAACACCUCCCCCCGCGGACGGCGCUGCUGGGGACCCCCCCGACGACCCAGACGGCGGGUCCGGGUCUGCGGAGCCUGCGGUGGAGCCCGCGGUGGAGCCCGCGGUGGAGCCCACGGUGGAGCCCGCGGUGGGGCCCGCUGCGGGGCCCGCAGUGGAGGCCCCCACUGCUGUCAAUGACCCUGACAGCACUCCUCCUCCCCCCGAGGAGCAGGUGUGUGACAUGAGCCAGGAGCUGAGCAGUGUGGGAGACAGUGACUCUGAGUAUUUAGAUGAGGAGAUACAGGUGCACAUGGUGCUGAAGGACCAUCGCAGACAGGUGCUCAUGGUGCUGAAGGACCAUCGCAGACAGGUGCUCAUGGUGCUGAAGGACCAUCGCAGACAGGUGCUCAUGGUGCUGAAGGACCAUCGCAGACAGGUGCUCAUGGUGCUGAAGGACCAUCGCAGACAGGUGCACAUGGUGCUGAAGGACCAUCGCAGACAGGUGCUCAUGGUGCUGAAGGACCAUCGCAGACAGGUGCUCAUGGUGCUGAAGGACCAUCGCAGACAGGUGCUCAUGGUGCUGAAGGACCAUCGCAGACAGGUGCUCAUGGUGCUGAAGGACCAUCGCAGACAGGUGCUCAUGGUGCUGAAGGAUAUCUCUGAAUUAAACCUGUCCUUCACUUUUAAAGUUGAUGGAUUCAGUUAUGUGAUUUUUGCUUCAUCUGAGAACAUGAAAUGUUUUGGCUGCGGCGCAGAGGGUCACCUGAUCAGAGGGUCACCUGACCAGAGGGUCACCUGA